AACCACCCCCCCCGGGGGGCCGAAAACCCCCAUACGUAAACCUUAAACCGACAAAAAAAAAAAAAAAAUAGAAAACCCAAUUCCCGCACAUCCUUCUCCCUAUAUCCCGUCAAACCCCCCCUCGCGGUGUCUGAGCCUCAUCAUCUUCCAUUCGUCGUUCGCACUCAUCCUGCCCUUCCGCGACAGCGUUCGCCGCUUCCUCAUUCGUCACGCGCAUGUCACGUGCCCAUCCUCCUCGCUGUUCCCUACCCUGGUGACGUCGCAGAUCUCACUCCGCCGACUCCGGGUAAUGCAUCUGGGGGACCGGACCGUUGUGCUUCCCUUGGACGUCGUGGAGGAGGACGUCACCCGCUCCAGACGAUCCGUCUACUGCGACCAGUGCCGAGUGGUUGGUUGGAGUGGGCAUCCGGUGUGCAAGAAGCUAUACCACUUCAUAAUAAGAAGAGGGGCUGAUGGCGGUGAGAGUGAUCAGACGCAGAGCAACGGCGGUAGCAAGUGGUGCAACUCUAUUAUUGCCACCGCCACGACGGCUGAGACGGAAGAUGUGGAAGAGUGGGCGUAUCUUCAGCUUCAUGACAACACUCACAUCCUCCACGCCGUCAUUCACUCCAAUGGCUUCGCCCACCUUCUUACCCUCAACGGCAGACAAGGUGGCUCCGCCAUUCUCUCUCCCCGUCAUAUUUUGGACUUUUGGGAUAGGCUUUGUCUAGCCCUCUCCGUCAGGACAGUUAGUGUGAUGGAUGUGUCCAAGAAGUACGGGAUGGAGUACCGGAUGCUGCACGCUGUCACCAGCGGCCGUUCUUGGUAUGGCAUUUGGGGUUAUGAAUUUGGUGCUGGGAGCUAUGCUCUCACUCAACAUUCCUACCAACAGGCAGUGGAUACUCUGUCUAGCUUGCCUCUAGACCCUUUUAUAUUCCAACCAAGGAAACCCCGGACUCGCCUCCACUCUGUUAUUGCCUUUUACCAAUCGUUACCGGAUAUCCAACUCCUAACAAUCAAGGACCUUUUUACCUAUAUGUUGAGUCUCAUCCAUAGAGCCCGCCAGCAUACAUCAUCUAAGAAGAAACCUGAUCAGCAGCGCCCUUCCAAGGCCUUAUGUGCCUGGACGGCCAAUGAUGUCGAACAUGUGCAGCAAGCUAGUAUCAAGCUGCUGCUUGCAGCAGUUGGUGCUGGUGGGUUUAGUUGGGUGUCAAAACGAGCUCUCAGGGGUGCGUUGUACAAGAACUCCUCUUUGGAGCUUCUUGAUUACUGCCUGAAACACCUGGGAGGGAAGUUGGCACCCAAUGGUAUGGUAGUUAAGGCCCGAUGCAGUCCCACUUCAGUUGACCUAGAAUACAGGCUUGAGUCAUCAAGUGUUCAAAAUGUUGAUGGAUCUGAGUCGGAUUUGAAUUUUCCAUCAGAAGAGCAAAUCCUUUGUGACCUCAAAUUUUUAUAUGAUUCCAUUCUCCACCCGGACACCAUGCUAAGCUAUACCCCUCAAGUGAUGAAGGAACGCAUUAUUGAAGCUGCAACUAAGCUUCUUGAUUGCAAGCAAUUCGUAAAGGACUAUAGGCCUUAUAAAAUGGCAGAGGAAGGCUCCCUUGGCAUUCAUCUCUGGUGUCAUGUGGAGCUUUCAGAUGAAUCCAAAGAUGAUUUUGUCCUGCCUCCGGAACUUGUUGUAUUGCCCCUGAAUGCGACAGUUGCCGACCUUAAAAAGGAAGCGACUACAGCCUUUCAGGAAGUAUAUGCCAUGUUUAAGAGGUUUGAAGUAGAGGAAUUGCUUGGAUAUAACUCUAUAAAGGAUUCAUUUACAGUAAAACUUCUGCUUGGAUCAUGUGGCUCAAUUCGAUUGAAAGGUAGAUGCCUUGCAAAACUUGGGCUGAACCGUUUCCGGAAGGAGAGAGGACUUGAAAUCUGGACCGUUGAUUGCACUUGUGGGGCCAAGGAUGACAACGGGGAGAUGAUGCGGGAGGAAGACUUGGACGAAUGAAAAUUUAUAUUUGCCUCGUGCAUUUGAAGAGAGUGAUUUCUCCUUCUAAAAUCAAGCAUUUGGCUUGGUUGUGUGAGGGCAUCCACGAUUAGCGACGUGAAUGAGCUCCAUUGCCCCUGGUUGAGUGAUUCCCAAGUCAUAUAUCCCUGUCUCCUCGAGACCUUUGGUUCUUUCCUGCGUCAAGUGGUAUCAGAGCCAGGUUAUCCGUUGCGGUUGAAGACAAUGGCUGUGAUUUACAAUCUGUUUGAAGAGCACACUGUCAAAGAAACUAGUUUCGUCGAUUGGAAUUCGCCACCAAUUUACAACGAGUAACGAUGAAGAAGUCAAAGAGAAUUUUUUUGAUUGGUGUUCUCCACUAAAUUAUGGCGAGCACGGAAUUACCAUCGCCUCCAAGGUCGCACCAAUUCCACGGAAGGAGAAUGAGUUAAACAUGGUUGAUACGCCUGGGCAUGCCAAUUUCGGUUGUGAAGUUGAGCGGGUUGUUGGUAUAGUCAAGGGUGCAAUUUUAGUUGUUGAUGUUGGGGAAGGUCCGCUUGCACAGACCAAGUUCGUACUUGCUAGAGCCUUAAAAUAUGGGCUACACCCCAUUCUUCUUCUAAACAAAGUAGAUUGUCCAGCAUUUUUUGAGGAAAGGUAUACAUUUUGCACGCCAAGAACUCUAUUUCAAACGGAAAUAAUACGUGCAUGUUUUGUUGCCCAGAAUGGUAAUCAGGUUUUUGAAUUUAAUUCUAAGCAUCUACUUUUGGAACAACAUUUAUUUUCUUCCCAACGAGUUGAUUGGAGUUUUCCUCCAAUAUAUGAUGAUUACUCUGAUGAUGGGUAUUUGGUGAUUUCUAGUAAAGAAGUAUUUCCAAUUAAGUUUAUUCAAGAAAUUACAUCAUCAACCACUACACAAGGAAGUCUUGAGCCUACAGUUUUUCAACCUCUUCCAAUAAAGGAAGGAAACUCCUGGUUGGAAGAUGAUUUCAAUGGCUUUGAUGUCGUUGAUUGUACUAUUUUGCAAAUCUGGUUCGGUGCCGUAUGUGAUGACUUUUCGUUUGCUCUUUUGAAGAUAUCUUUGGCUCAAGUUAUUAAUACUCAAGUAUUUGGAGAGCCCAAACAAUUAACACCUUGGACAGGUCAAAAACCUAAAUUCAAAUCAAGAUUAAAAAGAUGCAAACUCGAGGAGGAGCUUUUUCUGACAAGAGGAGAAUGAUGCAGGAGGCAGGCCUUGAAGAAAACAAUUUGAAACCAUUAAUAUGCUUUGGAAUAACAAUGGUUUUGUAUUUUAAUUAUUUAGGAAUUUGUUAAGUUAUUUUGGAAGUUGUAAAGGUGUUGUAGAAACCUGAGGUCUAUUAAUUUGUAAACGCUUAUAAAUAUUGUACUAGAAAGCCUUGAAGGACAGAUUUGAAUGAAUUAAAAUAUAUUUUGCUUUGUGCAA